GAGGUCAGGUGUGUUCCCAAGAUGGCGGCCCUCAGGGCUCUGGUAUCCUGGUGCGGAAGGCAACUCCACGGGUUCCUAGGAGGCCCCGCCACGACCGGCUGGCUAUGGCUUCCAGCUCGCGGGUUGAGAGAAGUGGUGGAGAUCCAAGAAGGGAAGACGACUGUAAUUGAAGGCCGAAUCACAGAAACUCCCAAGGCAACUCCAAAUCCCCCUAACCCCUCAGGCCAGUGCCCCAUCUGCCGCUGGAACUUGAAGCACAAGUAUAACUACGAGGAUGUGCUGCUACUCAGUCAGUUCAUCCGGCCACACGGAGGCAUGCUGCCCCGGAGUGUCACAGGCUUGUGCCUGGAAGAACACCGGAAGAUCGAGGAGUGUGUAAAGAUGGCUCACCGAGCAGGUCUUUUACCAGAUCACAGGCCACGGCUUCCAGAAGGGUUCUUACCCAAGAAUAAACCCAAGCUCAACCGCUACCUGACUCGCUGGGCUCCCAGCUCUGUCAAGCCCAUCUAUAAAAAAGGCCACCGUUGGGAUAAGGUGGGGAUGGCUGUGGGGUCCCCACUCCUGAAAGACAAUGUCUGCUACUCCAGAAGGCCUUUGAAGCUGAUGCAUUAAUGAGAGCUGCGCUGCUGAAUAUCCUGACCAGAACCUUCCAGAUGAUGCACUUGCCCCUCCCACCAGAACCACUACCCUCCACACACAGCAUGGGGACUUCAGGACUAACUUCUGUUCCUCGGAUCUGCCCAGCCAUGGUGUUGGGAACCGGUGCAGGCAGGAACUGGCCUGUGGUCUUCUGACUAGCUUGGGCUGAGGUCUGUGCAAGGGCAGGAGCCUUACACAAAGAAAGGUAAUAAAGCAGGCUCUCGGCUUCCCCGUGUGGUCACGCUUCAGAAUGCGAAGCU